CCUCUGCCCGGUGCGCCCCGCUGGUGAGGAAGAUGUCCGUGUCCGGGAUGAAGAAGCAGUUCCACAAAGCCAAUCAGCUGCUGAACGAGAGGCUGAUGGGAGCCGAGGGAACCAAGCUGGACCAGGACUUCGUCAAGAUGGAGAAGACUGUCGAUGUGAUCCAGACUCUGCUGGUGGAGCUGCUGUCCAGAACCACAGAGUUCCUGCAGCCAAACCCAGCGUACAGAGCUAAACUGAGCAUGCUCAACACGAUGUCCAGGAUCCGAGGGCAGGGGAGAUCUGUCGGCUACCCACAGACAGAGGGCAUGCUGGGAGACUGCAUGCUGCGCUAUGGCCAGGAGCUGGGACCUGCCUCUGGAUUUGGUGGUGCUCUCACUGACACGGGUGAGGCUCUGCAGCAGGUUUCCCAGGCCAAGGACGCCCUGGACAUCAAAGUCAAACACACCUUUAUCGACCCCCUGCAGGAUCUCCAUAACAGGGACCUUAAGGAGAUCAAGUACCAGCUGAAGAAGCUGCAGGGCCGCCGGCUGGACUUUGACUACAAGAAGAGGCGAAGAGGGAAGCUACCGGAGGAGGAAGUGCGACAGGCCUGGAACAAGUUCACCACCUCCAAAGAGCUGGCAGAGAGGAGCAUGUUCACCCUGCUGGAGAACGAGGUAGAUCAGGUGAGUCCCCUGACAGCUCUGAUCGCCGCGGUGCUGGACUUUCACCGCCAUGCCUACCACAUUCUGUUGGGUCUCCAUGGCAACCUGCAGGCCAGGCUGACUGCGGCCAGCAACAGACCGGAGCGACGCUUCCGGCCCCGUGUCAAAGUGAUCCGAACCGAGACGGAGCUCAGCGGCAAAACCAGAUUUUACCACCAGCCGUCCAUCACAUCCAGCUUUUCCUCAGGAGAGCAGUUCACAGUUUUAACCUCCACGCUGAACAGUCCCGUCUUUUCUACCCCGGACAGAGAGCUUGUCCUGGAUCAGCCGUGUUGCCGGGCGAUUUAUUCCUUCCGUCCAGAAAAUGAGGGCGAGCUGGGCUUCAAGGAGGGCGACCUCAUCAUCCUGACCAAUCGGAUCGACGGCAACUGGUACGAGGGCACGAUGGGCGGCCAGUCGGGAUUCUUCCCCAUCAGUUACGUGGACACCCUGGUUCCUCUGCCGUUGCCGUGACAACGCAUCAACCCACGGCGAACGGAGAACCAGGGACUGACAGAAAUCAGGUUAUAGGUUCUGCUCUGAUUUCUGCUCCGCGGCAGGAAUGUGACUCAUGUUUGAGUAUAUGCAACUUUUUUUGGGCUUUUGCACAGUGUUUGUACUUAUUCACAGGUGAAUCUGCAGGCUGCCUGUCUGUUUUAUUAGGAAUAGAAGGCCAUAGUUUUUACCCUAGAGCACUUUAGUUGCUGAUCUCUGAUCCACUGCUGUUGCACUCGACAAUACUAUAGCUCAAAAUGCCAGGUAGCUCUUAGCUGAGAUGUGUAAACUAAAGAGAGGCUCUGUCUCGUAAAAAAUGAUGUCUUUAGACUCCAGUGUGUUUUCCCUUUAAGAAAAGCCUUUAGCUGCACUUCCACCCAGCAAACUCCUGCUGCCCUCAGAGGAGGACGCAGCAAAAUGUCACCAUUCACAUCAUUUUCCCAUGUGUUUAUAAGGUGAAUGCACACCCUGGAAAUGCAUUUACAUCGGUCUGCUAUGGUACGAAAGCUUGCAGACUGAUUAGCACACUAAAUGGAUGCAUCCUGUGUAAUUUCUACAGUAACGAUUAAGGAUCAUCAACAACACUGUCAGUCGAUUUUAAACUGCGACGAAUGCAAAAAGCACGGCUUGCUUGGACCGAUGAGGGAUCCCACAUAUCACUUGGUAUCUGUGGGCUGCAGGACAGAUUCACACGAGGCAGAUUAGUCAGCGCUGACUGACUGGCAGCCCACCCAAAGCACUGUGGGAUUGAAGUGGUCAGUAAACAGCACAGAGCCUCAUGUAGAGCCACACGUAUAAAGUACACAAAGCUUUCUGUUGCACGUCAGGACGUUGCUGUGGAUAUCGUUGCUUAUUUGUGUAAUUCAGCAAAGACACAAUACGUGAUCUACUCGUCAUUCAUGCACAGUGCUGUACUUGAUAUCGACCAAACAAUAUAGAUUAAAUAUUAUAAUUGAUAUAUAUUAGCCAACUAUAGUUCAUAGAAAUAAAACUGUAGGUCACACAUAUUAAACUACUAUAAUUGAUAUAAACCAAACGAAUAGUUGAUACAAACUAAACUACUGUAGUUAAUAGACUAGACCACUAUAAUUAAUUAGAGUAAGCGACUACUGUGCAGUAGUUAAUAGACUAUUAUAGUUGAUACAGAUUAAAGAAGUGAAACUGACAGACUGUUCUACUGUAGUUUAUAGACUAAACUACUGUAGUUAAUGUAGAGUAGACUAAUGGGUACAGAGCUAACUACUGUAGUUGAUAUAGAUUACACUGCUGUAGAUGAAACUGACUGAUAUCUAGCCUUACACUGGAGAAAUAAAUCAAUCAACACGAAUGUGAUGUAAUGGUGUGCAUGCAUUUGUGUGUGUGUGCGUGUGUGUGUGUUUUCCUGGUAUUUUCCAAAGGAUGUUUACUCGUUCAAUUUGAGCCAGGAGCGAGCCGGAUGAGGGAAUCCUAGUUUAUUUUAUUGAUCUGAUGUAAUGCCAAUUAAAAUCUGUUUCUAGUGGAUAUUUUAUGUUGUUGGGUGUUUAAUAAGCAAUAGACAGGUGGAGAAUUAUCUUAAAGAUGUCACUUUACUACCUUGUUGUUAAUCAGUUUGCUCAGUGACAAUACAUAAAUGUCUGCAUUGUCAUCUUUAAUAUAUCUUACAUUAUACUCUCCGAUCAAUUUUUACCAAAAAAAUGUGAGUGACAAUAAUUUCAGGUAGUUCAGAAGGCAGUGGCAACGAUUUAGGCUGCUUGACAUCAAAUCUUUUUAAUGGAAACGACCUGAUUUUCUCCAAAGGAGGCAAAACCAAGAAAACGCUAAGAAAGCAGACUCUCAGAUCUGCCUCUGCUUUCAUAUGGAUUUAUGAACGUAUUUCUGCCAUUGUUUUCCAGAGA